AACCCGUGCACGGACUCGGUGAUCGGUCGAAGCAAGCAAAUUUCCAAAGUCGCAGAACAUCAGUGUUAACGGAAGGACGGCCUACCGCCACCGCUACCCAUUCCCCAAACGCCGGAGAUCACUGCGGCCAAUUGGCUGCCCUGCGCUUUCGCAAACACGCCCGGACACCGAAGGUGCCUCGAUGUGCUGACGUUGACGCCUCGUUGGUGCUGGUUUCUCCCGGUCUCGGUUGAGUUGCGCUUCUUUGGCAAUGCUGCAACCACGGUUCCGGCCCUUGGUUGCGGGGAUAGCCUCGCUCCCCUCCCUCUGCCAGAGGGCCCUCCAACUCAACACUAUCAGACGCUACUCGGCCGCGGUGCAAAGCGAGGUCAAGAAUGCGUCUAGCGAAGAUGCCUCCGCCGGCUUCGGCCCCCCCUCCACUCAAAUCGAGGCAGUUAAAAUGCGAACGUACAAGCCGCGGACGCCCGGCCUCCGGCAUCUUAAGCGGCCGAUCAACGACCAUCUCUGGAAAGGCAGGCCAUAUUUGCCAUUAACGAUACCAAAGAAGGGUCACGGGAAGGGUGGCAGAAACAACACGGGUCGAAUCACCAUUAGACAUCGUGGAGGUGGUGUCAAGCGGAGACUCCGUACUCUCGACUUCAAGCGCUGGGCUCCGGGACCGCACUUGGUGGACCGUAUUGAAUACGAUCCAGGCCGGAGUGCUCACAUCGCCUUGCUGACGGAGCAGGCGACGGGCAACAAGACUUAUAUCGUGGCCGCCGAGGGCAUGCGUGCGGGGGACGUGGUGCAGAGCUACCGAGCUGGCAUUCCCCAAGACCUUCUCGACAGCAUGGGCGGCGUCAUCGACCCUGGUAUUCUGGCAGCGAAGACGGCCUGGAGAGGAAACUGCUUGCCCAUGCACAUGAUCCCCGUCGGCACGGUCGUGUACAAUGUGGGGUCCCGCAUGGACGGCGGGGCGGUAUUCUGCCGCAGCGCCGGCACGUAUGCGACCAUCAUCUCCAAGGAGGAGGAGACACGGGACGACGGUACCAAGGUCAUGACCGGGAAGCAUGUCGUUGUCCGGUUGCAGAGCGGCGAAAUCCGCAAGGUCAGCAAAGAUGCUUGUGCCACGAUCGGCGUGGCCAGCAACAUCAUGCACCAAUACAGGCAAUUGGGCAAGGCUGGACGUAGCCGUUUGUUGAACAUCAGGCCCACAGUGAGAGGCUUGGCCAUGAACGCAAAUGACCAUCCCCACGGUGGUGGUCGUGGUAAGUCGAAGGGUAACAGAAACCCCGUCAGCCCAUGGGGCCAACCGGCCAAGGGCGGGUUCAAGACACGCACGAAGAGCAAUAUCAACAAAUGGGUGGUCACGCCUCGGGUACGGAACAUGGGCAAGCGGAGAGACAAGAACAUGGCCUAAUGACUGCGGUGGCUGUGUUGGUGAGCGCUGGGCGACGACAUGUUGUACAUUACGUAGAUCAGCAAUCUUGGUUCUCUGUCAGCGGACUUGGGGUGCGUUCCGCCGGAGCGCCGAUUGAGAGAUGCUUGCGGCCUGGAGGAACACAUGCCCCCGCCUUGGCGCUAAGAAUCGUCGUCAAAUCCUCAAGAAGCCAGCAGCGUGAGCAUCGACGAAUUCGUAAUCCUGAUACCUCGUGCCCGGUGUCGGGGCAGCGGUUGCGCAAGCGCCGAACCACCAAAAUUGACUGGCGUCUAUCACGUAGGUUGGCGGCAAAACCGGGCGUUGCUGGGGCUCGGCGGCUCGGGAGUUGUGAGUUCGGCGUUGGCGCUGGUGAUGGAACUCGGUGGACUCGGCAGCGGCGAAACAUAGAAAGAUGAUUGGCAGAAUAGCCCGAAUCCGGUAACAUCAGUGUCCGACUGCAACUAUUCGCACCGUCUCUAAUUUAUCGAAGUUUGUG